GUAUAAGUUUAGCACGUUUCCUACGUGUCAUCAUCUCAUUUCUCCAUCGCUGUGGUAUAUUUUAGCAGACUAAAGCAAUGCAUCUGCCGGGACAAAGGUCGAUUGUUAUGCGACUGGAGGUGAGAGGCGAUACAAAGCAGUGAGGAUUUUCAAUGUAUUAAGAUGUUAAAUGGCUUUCCGACUUCAAUGUAAAUUCUCUUAGAGAAAGACUCAAAGUGUUAGAUGAACUUUGGAUGCUCUGCAUUUAAUCCCUUUAAAUGUGAUGACGCCCUUAACUUGAACCCGGAGUGUGAAAAUGUCACGCAGGGAACUUUAUUUGUAAUAUCACUUCAGAGUGCGAACUACUGAGUGUGCAUGGAGAUUUAUUUCACUUGUCUUGUUUGAAAGUUUCUGAUUACCUGGUGUAGCUUCUUCGUUCGCUUUUAUUAACGGGAUAAAAGAAUAAUAGCCUAGUCUUUAAACAUCAUUUAGCGUCUUAAUACGCCAUUUUCCCAGAAUGAGUUGACAACUAACAGCUGAAGAGCUCAUAUCAAAAAAGACAGAUAAACUGUUUGUGGUGUUCAUUAGAACGAAAAUCAAAUACAGUAGAACUAAUCUGCAUAACUUUCAAAAGUUUUAGUGUCACUUUCAACCCCUUAUUUCAUUAACCCCCAUCAAAUUGUUAGAAUCGUCACAUUUUCGUAAUACGUUUCAUAUAAUUUAUUUUCAUAUUCCUUUUUAAAUGCACACCAACUGUAGUUUACAACCCACUAAAAUAGCAUAUUUAAAUUUAACUGCUGCCUUAAUUUUAAGAAGAAGAAAAAAACAGUAGCUCUUUUUUGAAUUAUUCAUGGAAAAAUCAGGUUCUUAAAAUCAAGUAGAAGGUAAAUAAAUGGAAAAUUAUGUUUGUAGUAUUAAAGUUUUUAUAAUGUCUUGAUUGUAACAAGCAAGUGGGCUCGUUUCGUUCUUAAUUUGCGACAAAAGAAUGAGUCGUUAAACUUGUAAAUAUCAGUUACAUGUAAACAAACGUUCUCAUUUUAGACUCUUCUCACCAACAACCGGAGCUCUCACAGGUUAACAUUUGGCAAAAUUAAAUUAGAAUAAAAUGAAGGUUAUAAUACACACCCCUCUAUAAUCUCCCAAAGAUUGCCCUCCCCAAUAUUCCCCCACCGCAUCUCUCCUCCAUUCACUGGCCCUCCUGAUACAUACUUAAGAGACCCCGUCGAGAGGAUCUUUUCCCUAUAAAGAGAAGAUGCAAUCCGACCGCCUUUGAAAUGAUCCUCAGGACUUAUUGCGACAGGCCCUUCAGUCGCACUUCAAAAGGACGAGUCUUGGUUUGAAAGCCGCUGCUUUUGAAAAGGGGACCCAGAAAACCAGCAGCAAGAGCGCGGAGUGGCCAACGACUCUUACAGGCGAUAAAGGACAGGAGCAGCAAGAAAGAAUCGAGGGAUUAUUGAUUAUCACUAUAUCUAAACUCAUGCACCGGUAACCUUACUGUGUAACGGGGUCAAUCCGAGCAGGAUUUAGCGCGCCUCCUCGUACCCGCACAAUCUGACUUUUGGCUCGGUUACGCACUGCGCGCCGCGCUUUUACGCAGGUGUGGAUAUCUUGAAGAUCCCGUGUACACAUGGCUGCGUUAACCUUAUCCAGAGCGGACAAUUUCCUGCACAAUUUCUUACAGGAUCGUACUCCCAGCUCCUCUCCAGAGAGCGGUCCUAACACCCUUUCUUUUUUGGCCACCACAUGCAGUCAGGCUUGGCAAGAGGGGUCACAGCUCCCUUACGAGGGUCCCGUUGGCUCCGCUUCCAGCAUGUUUCAGCUCUGGAGCAAUGACGUGGCCCCUAACUCCAGCUUGAGCGCCCACCAGAUGACCUUCACCAUGCCCAAAAUGCAGUUCCCCGGCCACAUGCAGCCCACCCUGGGCUCGCACUCCCAUCAUCACCAUCAUCACCACCAUCACCACCACGAGCUGCCCCUCACACCUCCGGCCGAGCCCCCGUCCGCCUACUCGUUCGAGCUGUCUCCAGUAAAGAUGCUCUCCUCCCAGGCACAGGGGAACGCGCCGUACUACGCGCAGCACAACGCUGUGGGUCAGAACUUUCCCAGCUUCCUUCAAAACGCUUCAGGAAGACCUCACCUGCCCAGCGGGCACGUUGAGGACGGCCAGCAGUGGUGGAGUCUCCCUCAGAGUAGCAGCGCACCCUCCAGUCACCCCUUUUCUCUGGGACGGCAGCUGGUUUUGGGCCACCAGCCUCAAAUUGCUGCACUUCUGCAGGGCACCUCAAAGGGUCUGUUGAGCUCAACUCGUCGCUGUCGCAGGUGCAAAUGCCCUAACUGCCAGUCAACGGGAAACGGAGGUGCUGCUCUGGAGUUCGGGAAGAAAAGACUACACAUUUGUCACAUUCCAGAUUGUGGCAAGGUUUACAAAAAAACCUCUCACCUGAAGGCGCACCUGCGCUGGCAUGCCGGCGAGCGCCCCUUCAUCUGCAACUGGCUCUUCUGCGGGAAGAGCUUCACACGUUCAGAUGAGCUGCAAAGGCAUCUCCGCACACAUACCGGGGAGAAGCGUUUCGGCUGUCAGCAGUGUGGGAAAAGGUUUAUGCGGAGCGAUCAUCUCUCCAAGCAUGUGAAGACCCAUCAGAGCAGGAAGAGCCGGUCCAGUCAGCCCGCUCACAGUGGGACUGAUGCACUGCUCAGCAACAUCAAGAGAGAGUAAAGGAUGCAAAAUGCAAAAGAACUCAAUAUAGUAUCCGGAAUGAGAUCGGAGACCUUACAAGGAGAUUUGCGUCAUCUAAAGGUUUUUAACAGAUAUUCCAAAAAGCAAUAGAAGCAUGGGCCUGUUUCCAUUGUACUUUUUUUUUUUUUUUAAACACUGGAGCGAAUGCACACCAUGCUGCACCAAUCUUUGAGACUUUAAAGAGACUUAUGGUCACAGCAGAAGUUCUCUCGUUGUGAUAUAUAUAAUAAAAGUGACAUUUUUUAUGGCUAUGGAUGCAAAGACUUCUUAUGACCAAACUUGCCCUUGCACAUUUAUUUAAAGAUUUUAAUUCAAAAGCUAAGGGAAAUUCUUUGAACAGCACAAUAAUAAGCAUUUGUUACUUGGUGAAAUUGUCAUUUGUUUACAUUUUGUUGUUGCUUUCUCUAUUGUUUUUUGUUGUUGUUGUUGUUUUAGGGAAAAUUGAUGCCUUAUAUUGAAAUCAUAAAUUCUGGUUGCAAAAUUUGCCAAUAACACUAUUCCCUGACAGAUCACCUGAAGUCUUGUUUUCUUGCAGAGAAUGGCACUGCUAUAAAUAUCACUCUAAAUCUAAAUCCUUAUAGUUUCAAAACAUGAACCAAAUGUAUAUAAUGUUUAUACAGUGCACAGUUCUAUGAAGACCAGCAUGUGAAAUAUUAAUAAACAUGAAUAACUGUGCAAAUCAAAA